AUGAGUCAAUGGAAAAUCAAAGGUAAUUAUGGGUUCAAUACAGAUAAUGUACAAAAUGCUCCAGAUAAUGUGAAAUUCAAAGGCAAACAUAAGUUUGAGAAGAAAAUCUUGGCGUGGCGCGCCAUAUCGAAUAAUGGUGUUUCACAGGCGUAUGUUGGACGUGUUCGUAGUGAAGCCAUCAAUGCUGACAUUUAUAUCGGUAGAUGUCUUACAAAGCUGCGGAAUUUUAUUGAUACUCAUCAUCGCAACGAUCAAAUAAUAUUCUGGCCUGAUUUAGCGUCGCCUCACUACGCAAGAAGAACGACAGACUGGUUAGCUGCAAAUGGCAUCAAUUUUGUUCCCAAGGUCGACAAACCUUCAAAUGUGCCUCAGGCGAGACCCGUUGAAGAUUGUUGGUCUAUAGUGAGCAGAAAAGUGUACGUUGGUGGUUGGGAAGCCCAACUAAGGCGCAGAAUAGACCAGAAAAUCCGGGAAGUCGACAUCGCUACCGUCCAAAGACUGAUGGAACAUGUAAGGACCAUAUUACCUGCAAUGUGA